CUCGUCAUCUGCAGAUGGAAACUUGGCUGGGGAGUGCAGGAAGAAGGGGAGAAGGGCUGGGUAGUAACGUAAUCAGGAUCCAAAAAUAGAACCUCCUGAUUCCGUGUGGUUGCAUUAUAAACACAGGGGAGAUUAAAAAACACAAACUCGUCGCCAUUUGUCGAAAUUUUUUAUUUGGGUCAAAAAAGGAGGAGGAGGGUCCUCCCGCCAUUAGAGAUUUCUAAAGAAUCUACCAGACGAUCUAGAGAAACUUCAACUGACAAUCACCAUCACCAGUCCUCCAGCACCACCAUGAUGCUCAGCGCCCGUCUGCUGUUGGCAGCCACCGCUCUCUGCUGCUUUGCCACCACACUUGCUACUUCCAUGCGUGGCUUUGCUACUGGCCAUAAAUGCCGCUGCCUGACCACUACCUCCAGGCAAAUCCCGACCCGGUUGUUCAAGAGGAUCGAGAUCCUGCCUCCUGGUCCAAACUGCGGCAAUAUUGAAAUCCUGAUCACCACGAAGGACAAUAGGGUACUGUGUGUGUCCCCUGAUGCACCGUGGAUCAACAACGUCAUCGAUAGAAUCUCACAGAAGCGCAAAAGAAGCAGGGGGCUCUCAGACCUGACCAGCACGUAUUAACGUGACCACUGCACCUGUCCAUCUUCAAAAAAAAAAUCACUGCCUAGAUUUGGGCCUUUUAAAAAUGUUUUCUGUCCAAUCAUAACCAUAAGCUAAUGUUACCUUCAUUAUCAGUUCAGAUUGUAAUAAGUGAACAAUGUAAAAGACACUAAAAGCUUUUAGAAAUAAAACCAGCUCUCUUUUCUUAUUUUUUCUUAA